ACUGAACGAAUCACUAUGGCGACACAAACACCAAACAAAUCCCGCUGGAUCGAUAGCGCAGAAUAAUAUUCAAAACCACAGUCCAUUUGUUAAUUAUUUUUGUUAGUAUGUUUUCUCAAAAUAUGCUUAUUCGGGAUGGAGAAUACACCAAAUCGGUCUAUACCAUGAUCAAGGAGGAACGCUUCUUGGAAGCAAUUAACGUACUCAACGGCAUCCCGGAAGUUUCAACAACACGGGCUGGAUUGUCUCUGCUGGGUCAUUGCUAUUAUCAAACGCAGGACUUCAUCGAAGCGUCCAACUGCUAUGAAGUACUAGUGAACUUAGUUCCGGACGUCCCAGAAUACAAGUUCUACUUCGCCCAAUCACUCUUUCAAGCAGGACUCUUCGAAGAGUCACAGAAAAUUGUUAGUACGCUGGAUGCACCUCAUUUGAAGGAUAAAGUUCUUCAACUACAGUCGGCUAUUGCUUACGGCAAUGAAGAUUAUUCAAACGCCCAGUCGUUGCUUGUUCAAAGGCAAGGUUCUGGGCAGGAGGCUGCUGUUAAAAACGAUGAAGGUUGUCUGCUUUAUCAGGCCAACAUGUACGAAGAUGCCUUGCAGAGAUACGUUUCUGCUUUGCAAGCCGGAGGUUUCAAUCCACAUAUUGCUUACAAUGCGGCGUUGUGUCACUACCGCAAGAAAGAAAAUUCCCAGGCCCUGAACUACAUCGCUGAAAUUGUUGAACGUGGUAUAAGAAAUCAUCCAGAGUUAGGAGUAGGCGCCCAGGCAGAAACAGAGGGCGGAGCUCGAAGUGUCGGCAAUCCUCCGGCGCUGGCAGCUUCCGGUUUGGCACAGGCUUUCAACUUGAAAGCUGCUAUCGAAUAUCAGGAAGGAAAUGCCGAAGGAGCUCGUGAAGCAUUAACUGACCUACCUCCGCGUUCCGAGCCUGAAUUGGAUCCCGUCACCUUACAUAAUAUGGCUCUGACCGAUCCCAUCGGCGGAGGUGCCGGUCUAAGACGUCUAGCCUUUCUUCUAGAACUAGGACCUCCAACAUGUCCGCCGGAAACAUUUGCAAAUCUACUUCUACUUUGUUGCAAGCAUGAAAUGUACGAUACUGCUGCGGACAUUCUCGCCGAGCAUACCCAUCUGACGUACAAGUACCUAUCCCCGUACCUGUACGAUCUCUUAGAUGCCCUUAUCACAGCUCAGUCGACACCGGAGGAAGCGGAACAGAAACUUGGUGUUUUAGCUAACAAUAUUGGCGGCAGGUUGCGUUCGUUAGCUGCUAAAGUACAGGAAUGCCGAUCUGCUCCCGAUCAGAACGCCCUACGUAUGGCUCUUCGCGAGUACGAAUCAGCCCUGGAAAGCUAUCUGCCGGUGGCCAUGGCUCGUGCCUGGAUACCUUGGCGCGUUGAUGAUUUUCAGGGAGCUGAGCGUGAAUUUCGUGCCAGCGCUGAGUUUUGUUCGGAAACUCCUACCUGGCGUCUACAUGCUGCUCAUGUUUUAUUCAUGAGAGGCGACCGCUACAAAGAAGCCGCUGCAUUCUACGAGCCCAUCGUUAGGCAGAACUACGACGAAAUACUAGCAGUUUCCGCCUCGGUGUUGGCAAAUCUCUGCGUAGCUUACAUUAUGACUUCACAGAACGAAGAAGCCGAAGAAUUGAUGCGUAAGGUCGAACGGGCGGAGGAACGUAAAGGCAGUGCCAAUGGGCAGUGCUUACAUCUGUGCAUCGUUAACCUGGUCAUUGGGACGCUGUACUGUGCUAAGGGAAACUACGAGUUCGGAUUGUCAAGGAUUGCACAUGCCCUGGACGGGGGAUCGGGAGCGAGGCUUUGUGCCGACACGUGGCUUCACGUUAAACGGUGUGUUCUAGGGCUAGUCACAGGACUGUCCAAGCAGACAAUCGUCUUACCGUCGAUAGCAAUCCAGGAAACGUUAAGCUUCCUGAGAUCAUGCGAAUCGUACGGUUUGACCAUUCCUUCAGUACUGUCGGGGCCACUGGAGGAAAGUGGUGAACAGCCACCGACCAUUGGAUUGGAGGCUCGCAAGCUGCGGGCACUGUUGCUCAGACUGAUGGAGUACAGAUAAAUUGGCUCAAGUUAGUAUCAGAUUCAUGAACGCUGAAAGCGCUGGAAAUUUAGGUGUAUGUCAUUUUAACGCAUAUUUGUCAGAAUAACGUAAGUAAAAAAGCUUUUAAUGGCGACAUUCCAUUUUUCGGACCAUGCUUGUAUUUGAGUAGCCAUUUUAAAAUAAAAUAAAAAUUAACAAGUUUACACAUAGUAAAAAUAACAAAAGCCGGUUACAAGAAAAUUCAUUUAUUUAUUCGUAUAAUCACUUAGAGAUUCUUUCAUUGAAAAGAGUAAAACAGUCAAAAAUUCAAACAUUUAAAAUACAACAAAACACGAUUACUCA